AAACAAUUCUUCUCCUCUCAAGCCUGCAGUACUGAUAUAAAGAGCUACUAUUACACAUACAAAAAAAAAAAAAAAAAGGAGGAUUUGGGUGGGGCCGUGGGGGCACGUGACCCCACGUGCCGCAUAUUGGGUCCGCCACUACCGUCAGGCGUCAGCCCUAAUUCACAAAUUGAUCAGGAUCAGAACCACCCCAAAAUCUCUAACCUAAACCGAACCGAACAAUCAGCUCAGUUAGCAGCCCCGGCAACGACAUCAACAGUUGAAUAACAGAAGCAGAGAAAAUGAUUAAGAGGCGAUUCUACAGGAAUGAUCAUGGCGAUGGGGACAAUGCUUCUGAUUCUUCUUCCUCUUCGGACUCUGAACUAGAUGCGGAAGCUGCAGAAGAAACAGAAACAGAAGCAGAAGAUGAUGAUGUUGCGGUCGUUAGAGAGUACCAUAAAGCUUCCUCUUCUUCCUCUGGAUAUGCAAGUGAGGAUACCUCAGCAAAUGAAGUCAACAUUGACUCAUCAGGUUUACCAACAAAUGAUGAUGAAAUUGAAGCUGGAAAUGUUGGACAACCUGCUAUUAAAAGGCAUUCAUCUCGUAAAAAUGAUGCUGAAAUUGUGGAUCCACUGUCAAACACCGUGGCUGAAAAGGACUCAUCCCCAUCUGAUGUCGGUUACAUCUUGAAAUGUAAAUCUGUUUUUAAGUGUAGGCUGUGUCCUAGAAUUGUUUGCUUGACAGAGGAGACAUUGAUGACUCAUCUAAAAUCCAAGAGACAUGCUCGAUCGGAAAAAUUACUCAGUGAAGGGAGGCUGAAGCUCAUGCUCAACAGUGACGGGGAGGUUGAGGAAGGAGAGGAGGAGGGAGAGACUCAUGCUGAAAGGCAUGCUCGAAUUGUAGCUGCUGCACAGAACUUAACGAACUCCAUGAAGAAAAAUAAAGGCCGGCAGAGACAGAGGAAGAGGUUAAAGAAGAAAACUGGAAACGAUUCAAGUUUGAAUAUAGCCAGGAAAUCAACGAAGAGUCCAGCCAAGAAAAGGCAUAAAGGUGACCAUUAAGACACCAUAUGAGAUUUGUGCCUUAUGUGCUGUGACCCUGGAUAUCAUAGCAAGAAACCAAAGGGGUUGCCUAAUUUACUACUGCGUAUCAUUUUGGCUCUCUCUCCUCUACCAUGGUUGAAUUUAUAACUUUAAUGUAGUAUCAUUUCUUAGUUAGAGGCAAUAACAGUGUACUAUAGAAUUUUGGCCUGCUUUAAUUUAGGAAACACAAUUUUGGCUUUACGGCAGUUGAUAACAUUAUGAGUAAUGGGAUUUUAUUCCUUUUGUGUAUUUUUGAGAAUGAAAAAAUGAAGUGGCAUGGAUUAAUUCGAUUU